AUGGAGAGACCUGUUACUCCUGGCUCUGCCGCUCCUGCUGGCAAUUCUGCCCUUGCAGAUCCCUCUAUUCACUCGGCGCGACCGGCCAGCGCUCGCCCUUCCUCGAGACCUGUUUCUUACGCUGGUACUCAACAUACCGAUGUUGUGUCGCACGUGGAUAACACUCAUGGCGUAGGCGCCCCUCAGCAAUUAUCUGUGCUUUCGCAGGCAGCUGGUUCUUACGAGGAUGCCCCCAUGUCGGCGAAUCAGGAGGCAGCUCCAGAGCUUCCUCGGACCAAUUCGCACCUCUCGACUUCUCAAUCCAUACUACCCUCGAGGAGCGGCACGUUGAAGAAGAAGCCCUCGUUACAUAAGAGUACCAGCUUGAAGAGAACUGCUAGUAAACGGAGUAGCUAUGCUGGCUCUGUAAGGAGUUUGAAACUGGGCGAGAAGGAGAAGUAUGGCGAGACUGAGGAGACGAACAGCGUCUUUUACUGCCCUGUCCCUACCAGCGGCAACCCGACAGAGCUUCUCGCCAAUCGUUUUCAAGCGUGGCGCAAGGCUCUAAAGGACCUGAUCUCGUAUUUUCGAGAUCUCCACAAAUCUUACGAGUCUCGAGCCAAAUCAUUACUCGCAACCUCCACCGUGAUAAACAAUACAUCCUUGCCACCCAACUUAUACAGUUCCAAUGGAUUAGGUGACGCUGCAUACAUCUUGAAAGACUUUCACAAGCAAGCUAUUAGCGAGGCCAACAAGGCCCGCGAUCUUUGCAACGAAGUCGUCAUGCAAUUAACAGGCCUUCGCAGCGACCUGCAGCAGAAAAUCAAGGAAAUUAAAAGCUUGUCUGGUGACUUUAAGAAUUCAGUAGACAAGGAGCAAGAAGGAUCCAAGAAGGCCGUACGUUCCCUGCAGGAGGCUCUUGGUAUGGUUGACCAUGAUGCUGCCUCAACCAGCGGGAAAGGAGAUCCAUUCCUAGUGAAAUUAUCUGUCGACAAGCAGAUUGAACGCCAGAUUGAUGAAGAAAACUAUUUGCACCGGGCCUAUCUAAACCUCGAGGCCUCCGGUCGCGAAUUGGAGUCAAUAGUUGUUGGGGAAAUUCAAAAAGCGUACAAUGUCAUCGCCGGAAUACUUCGCCGUGAGGCUGACGAGGCUUAUGACACCGCCGAAAAGCUAAAAGACGGUCCUGUGGCUGUGGCAAAAGAUCAUGAAUGGGACGAGUUUGUCACCACUAACACCGCCAUGGUAGACCCCAGAAAUCCCAUCCGGCAGGUAUCUCAUAUCAUUUAUCCUGGCAAAGACCAUCCUGCAGCCAUCGAAGUUCGAAGCGGUAUGCUGGAACGGAAGAGUAAAUACCUCAAAAACUAUACCCCGGGUUGGUACAUUCUCUCUCCUACACAUCUCCACGAGUUUAAAUCCGCCGAUCGCAUAUCUGCCCAGGCGCCUGUUAUGUCGCUAUACUUGCCCGAGCAAAAGCUAGGAUCGCAUUCUGAGCCAGGCUCUUCGUCACACAAGUUUAUGCUCAAAGGUAGACAGACCGGCUCUAUGCACCGUGGUCAUGCUUGGGUUUUCAGGGCCGAGACCCACGAAACUAUGCUGGCAUGGUUCAAUGACGUCAAAGAAUUGACAGAAAAAAGAGGUGAGGAGCGGAAUGAGUUUGUCCGGCGACAGCACGCCCGAUCUCUCUCAGGGAACAGCAUGAAGCCCGCCAGUAUUAUCAGUUCUGAUGGAGCUUUGGAAGAGGAUGAAGCCGACCGCAUUGCCUUUGCAGGGGAACAAUCCGUCCGUGGAAAUUCGGUUUCAGAAGGAGCCGUUAUUGGCGGAAUCGAUGGUCUUGGAGCCGCUCCUGGUCACGAUCUUGAUGACAAUCGAUCUGAAGCUGGAUGGCGUCCACCUCAACAACGACCUGCACCAGGUGGGCGAUUUCCUUCAGACGUCAAUGUACAACGAGGCUUACAAGCACCCCUUUCGCCAUCUAGUGCAGAGAGCUCCGAUCGAGACCGUGACAUCAUAGCCGCAGCCGGCGCCCUGCCAGGAAGCGGACUUCCUUUUGCAAAUACAUCUGAAAGGCAUACAGAACUCCAACCCCCUUCUCGCGAAGCCUCUGCUAUGACUGGCGGUUCCUAUUCCCAAAAUCAUCACACAGCAGAUUCCAACUCGGCAAAUCAAUACACGCCCGGAGUUCAUCAUAACGUUAUCCAAACAACCCACGGUGUUGUCCCAUCUCAUGACAGUGGAAGCCAGUACGGCGAAUGGAUGGCACCCAUAGGCGCAGGUGCCGCCGGGGCAGCGAUUGGAGCUGGUGUGAUGCAUCACCAUCACCAGCAGCAACCUACUGUGGUAGAGUCCGCCAGACCUGGCUCGGAGAGCGCUAUCCCAGAAUACGGCCAUUCAUCACCGCCAAUUGCAGUCGCCACUGCUGCACCGAUCGAUGCCCCAACUGGUCCACGUGCUCUGAGCGACACAACCACAGCUCCCAGCUCCGCCGUUGGCAACACUACAUCAUCAAACACGGAAACUGCAACCCUAUCCACAGUCCCCACCAGCACAGGUUACCCCAGCCAAAAUGAGAGUAUGUUUAACAGCAACGGGGGCUUUGUUGGAACGAAGGUAGUGGCCUCUGCUCCAACCGACUACUUGUCGAAGCCCACUGAAAGAACUAAAAGCCACAGCACCAUCAGCGAUUUCCACAUACCAGGCGAGUAUCCUCCGACUCCUGCACUCAAUGAAGACAAGAAAUUGUAUCACGAAGUGCUCCAGAAGUGA